GUGAAGGUUAAUGUGAAAAUGUCCAUAAAGUUACAAACGAAUUAAUAUAUUUGGUUCUAACAUAUGUAUUUGUUGUAAAUUUAGACUUAGGUUUAGAAAUGUCUAAAGAAAGUGAAACUCUCGAGGUUCCGGUUGGUUGGAAGGAACCAGAGUUUAAACCCGAAGACAACAAACAUGGGAUGUUGGAUGAAAGCUCGUUCGCGACUUUGUUUCCAAAGUAUCGGGAGAAAUAUUUACAAGAAUGUUGGACGAUUGUGAAAAAUAAAUUAAGUGAAUAUAAAAUUGAAGGGAUCUUGGAUUUAAUUGAGGGUUCAAUGACGGUGAAGACCUCCCGCAGGACAUGGGAUCCAUACGCGAUACUUAACGCCAGAGAUUUGAUCAAAAUGUUGGCCAGGAGUGUUCCAAUUGAACAGGCCGUUCGUAUAUUUGAGGACAAUACCUUCUGUGACAUCAUAAAGAUCGGGUCAAUGGUUCGAAAUCGUGAACGUUUCGUUAAACGACGUCAACGGUUGGUGGGGCCAAACGGGGCGACGUUGAAAGCUUUAGAAUUAUUGACGGGUUGUUAUAUAUUGGUGCAAGGAAAUACAACUACAGUGUUGGGGAGUCAUGCUGGGUUGAAAGAGGCUCGCAAAGUAAUUCUCGAUACGAUGAAAAAUAUUCACCCGGUGUAUAACAUCAAGUCAUUGAUGAUUAAGCGAGAAUUAUCAAAAGACCCGAACUUGAAGAAUGAAUCCUGGGACAGGUUUUUACCAAAGUUUAAACGGAAAAAUGUGAAACAGAAGCGUAAACCACGCAAGGAGAAGAAGCCAUACACCCCGUUUCCCCCUCCGCAACCAGAGUCUAAGGUCGACAAAGAAAUAGCGAGCGGGGAAUAUUUCUUGAAGGAAGCUGAACGUAAACGAAAGAAAGAUGAAGAAAGAAAAGAAAAACAGGGGGUUGCGACAUCAGAACGUAAACAAAAACGAGCGCGUUCGUUAAUUCCACCCCAGGAGAAGAAAGUUGAAGAAAAAACAUCGGUUACGAAAGACGUCGACGUUGAAAUAUUGAAAAUGAAAGUUAAACAAUCAAAGUUAAAGACAAGAAAAUCCCAGAAGAGCUAAGCUGCAUUAUGUUGUCAUAAUUUGUAAUAAACUGCCAUUGUUCGUGUUUGUGACAUCACAGAAUACAUUAAACCAACCUUU